AUGAAUGUGCUCUUUCUUGUUAUUUCGAUUGUAUUCAGUGAUACUGUGGUUGCGCAAUUUGGUAAGUCAUUAAGUUUGUAGUUCAAAGGCUCAGGUUUUUUGCAAAUCCAGGGAUAAUACCUUGUAAUUGAGGCUUUUAUCGCGAUAGUGUUAGUCGUCUUCUACUUGGAGAAUUUAAUGUUCAGAUCUUACAGGAAUGAUGGGAAUGAACAGGAUGAUGAUGGGAGGCUAUGGAGGCAUGGGAGGGUACCCUGGCUUCGGUGGCGGAGGCUACGGAAUGCCCGGAGGGGGCUAUGGCAGUAUGGGUGGCAUGGGAAUGGGCAUGGGAAUGCCUUAUGGAGGAGGAUAUGGGAGUAUGUUUGGAAAGAAGUAA